AUUGAAACCAAAUUGGCCAGAGAGAGUGAGUAUUGAGAGGGACUCUUCUUAAUUCUCAUUAUCCCUUUCUUAAAAACGUUUUUUUUUUUUUUUUUUGAAGAAGAAGAAGAAAGAAGCCAAACCAACAUGCUGAGGAUAGCUUCAAGGAAACUCGAAGGCAAGGUGGCGCUGAUAACAGGGGCAGCAAGUGGCAUAGGAAAAGAAACUGCCGCAAAAUUCAUAAACAACGGUGCCAAAGUUGUAAUAGCAGAUGUACAAAAGCAGCUCGGCCAAGAAACUGCCUCCCAGCUCGGACCAAAUGCCUCCUUUGUGGUAUGCGAUGUUACGAAAGAAUCUGAUGUUUCCAACGCCGUGGAUUUCGCUGUCUCCGACCACGGACAGCUCGAUAUAAUGUACAAUAAUGCAGGUAUCGCAUGCAGUACUUCACCGAGCAUCAUUGACCUUGACCUCGGUGCAUUCAACCGCGUCAUGGCUCUCAACGUCGGAGGCUUGGUGACUGGAAUCAAGCACGCUGCCAGGGUGAUGAUUCCCCGACAAAAGGGUUCCAUUUUGUGCACAUCUAGCGUCACUGGUGUGAUGGGAGGUUUAGCCGCGGUCACAUAUUCAACAUCCAAAUCCAGCAUUAUCGGAAUGAUGAGAUCUGUAACGCCUGAGUUAAGCAAGAAUGGUAUCAGAAUCAAUUGCAUAUCACCCUUUGCCAUUUCAACCCCGUUAUCAGCUGACGAAAUGAAAUUUAUGUAUCCGGGAAUGGACGAUCAGCAUUCUGCUAAGAUUAUACACAGUGCAAGUGAAUUGAAAGGAGCCUACUGUGAGCCUAUUGAUGUGGCUAAUGCUGCUCUUUUUUUGGCUAGUGAUGAUGCCAAAUAUGUUAGUGGCCAAAACUUGGUGGUAGAUGAUGGAUUCACCUCCUAUAAAAGCUUCAACUUUUCCAUGCCUAAUCAAGUAGAGUAAUGCUGCAUAUACUACAAGAAGUGUGAUUUUUUACUAUUUUCAUUUGACAAUUUUCAAAUAUCAAUGCAACUCUGUUUCACCAAAAA